ACUCAUCUUAAUUUGACAGAUGACUUACAACGCAUAAUAUGAUAGAUAACCUAAAAUUUAAACAAUCAAAACAAGUAAAUUUAAAGAAAAAUGUAUUUCCUAUAUUUAUUAAGUAUUCUAGCCUUUUUAAUACAAAGCGCAUUUGCAGUAGCUGCUGUAGCGGCUGGGAUGUAUUACUUAGCAGAAUUAGUUGAAGAGUAUACAGUGACGGCUAAAUAUGUUAUUUCUUGGAUGAUAUUUGGCACUAUACUGAUCCACAUUGGGUUGAUAUUCCUAGAAGACCUUCCCAUACACCUGAACUUGCUAGGGCUGUUCCAGCAAGGGUUACACAUACUUCUUAUGAGAAACUUCCCAGCAGUGUGUGUCACCAGCGUGCCUUUUAUACUUGGAGUGAUCACAUUCUUGGCACAUCACUAUGUGGCAUUCAAAGUUUUUGAGGUGCUUUACUUUAAUUUUUCAGAGAUGUUGACAUACUUCACAUUGUGUACAUGGUUGGUGCCCUUCGCCCUAUUUGUGUCUCUGUCUGCAAAUGACUAUGUUCUCCCCACUACUGGAGAGAGGCAGCCCUUGUUAGGCGACAACAACGUCCUCACGGAUUAUUUAUCGAGAAAGUCCACGAAAUACAGUCUUCUGUCGUUCUUCAGCUUCGCCAAGGACAGCAUAUUGCCACAACGUAACAAAAAAGCAUUUUGAACCUUUAUAUUAUGUUAGAUAAAACUCGUGUAAAAAAUGCAAUAUUAAUUAUAACGGUGCAAGGGCAAGAUCGGUUUAUUUACUAAACUUGGGUUAAUGAGACUGCAAUUUGUUAGCUAUUUUAUAUUAAAUUAAAUUAUUGAUUUGUGAUGUAGUUUUCAAAUGACCCUUUCUGCAGAGCUUAAGAGCCAUUUUAACAAAGUUUUCCAAAUGUGUUGUAACACUCAUGCUCAGAGUAUCAGACUGCUCUUGCGCCCAAGGCUUCGAUUGUAGUACCUACCUGUGUAAAAUAUUGUGACGUAAUUUAUAAUCCUAGGGAAAUUUACGAUAGAUUGCCAUUAAUGUAAUUUUAUGUAUGUGUGUUCUGAAAUGAUUACACGUUAAGACAAAAUUGUUCUAAAAAAUAGAACAUCAUUGCGACACUAGUAGUUCCUUAUAGUGCUAGAUUUCGUGUAUACAAGAUUUGUCUAAAUAGAAUAAUAGCAAAAUAUAAAUUUCUGUCGUCCUAGCAACAAGGUGAAGUAUUGCUCUGAUCCAGUGAGGAGGUUUGUCUAACCGCCAUUUUCCAUUAACAAUCGCAAUCCCUUUUUUCAAUUUAUCUCAAACAUCGACCAAUCAGAACAAAGAUUUUUUAAUAUGCUUCUAAAUGAGUUAUUUUGAUUGGUUCGCUCUCGGAAUCGGAUUGAAGAUUGAGAUUUUUUUGAACACGGCUGUAAUUGAUAUAGCUACUGUUUAUGGGUACUUGUAACGGGUAAUGUUAACAAAAGAACCGUAGGAAAGAAAGAGAAGAAAUGUUAAUACCCUCAAACCUAUAAUUUAUAAAGCAUAGGUAAUCAAUUCUAAUCUCGUACAUAUCUUGGAAAAUAUUACGAGCACACACCUACGUAGUAUAAUUGAAAAUAUAAAUACUUUAUAAUAUUGCCCUUAUCUUAUAGAUGAAAUUGGAAUAGGGGAAAAACUAUAGUAUUGUCAAUUGCGAACAUCAAACCCGCAGAAUCUGAAAUCUAUCGAUUUGCUCUGGGAUCAUUAAAUCAAUAUAAUAGGAUCUUGUGUUAUUGUUAUUAUUAGUAGCUUUGUCUGACUAAAAACGUACUAUAUAGCCGAGUUUCGGGUCCAGUCUGCGUUUGAUUACCUCCCAACAGAGCGGCACGGCUGCACGAGACUAAUCCUUUGCUCCCUUAGUAUCUAAACGAAGUGUAUGAGUUGCGAAUGUACUUUGUAUGAUAUAUUUGUGAUCUAGUCAAUAAAAGACAAUCGAGUGUAAAUAUAUUUAUUACAUUUUUA